UCAACUCGUUUGACAUGUUAUUGAAGUGAAAAAAAAGAAAAACAAUAGAAAUCUAAAGAAAAGUAUCAUUUUCCCCCAGAAAAAAUGUAAAAUACUAAUAAAUAAAACAAAUAAAGUGUUCAAUACAUGUGUUUUUGUGUCUAAAUCAAAGAAAAUCGUGUAAUGCUAAUUAGAAACUAAAGUUUCAACAAUAAUAUUCAAGAUUUAAAAGAAAUUUAAGUCGUUUUUGGGUAGAAAACAAGUGCUGCUGUGCGUAUGUUUAUGAGAUCAUAGGACAAAAAUAAAUUAUAACUUUAUAAGUCUUGACGCGGUUAGCUGUUAAAUAAUUUCAAAGGAACAUGAUUGAUGAUACUGGAUGAUGGAUUUCGAUACAGAAGAAUUUCGAGUGCUGGCAGCCUCAAGGCCACGCACAUUUUCCAAUGCAUCGCAACAGUCACAGCAAAGUUCUAAGCAAAACUUUCCCCUGAUGACCAGUGACUCGGGUCUGUACACCUGCAGCUCUAACACCAGUGAUUGCAGUUUGCAAUUGGAGUCUGAUACGGAUUGCUAUCAUCAAAGCAGUAAAAUAAAAGGCCCAAAAGAUGAACGUCUUCAAUUGGCCUUGCAAGAUGUGCGCAAAUUGCGCAGUGAAUUGCAAAGGUUAACAAAGUCCGAACAAUGGUAUAAACAAGAGCUAAGACAACAGAAAACUACCCGCCUAGAGGAUUUGGAAAGAAUUUAUACCCAGGAAAGGAAAUUUAUGCAGGAAAAUCAACGUCUGCAAAAGGAAUGUGUAAGACUGUAUGAAAAGUGCAAUGAACUGGAAAGAGAAUUGGAAAAGCAAAAUCAUGAGGCCAAUAUUCCGCAGGAACAACACGUGUUGGAUGAUGAGGAGCUGGAUGAAAAUAUUCUUCAGUUUGAAAAGGAACAGCAAAUGGCCUUGAUUAAAGAUCAACAACAUUUGAUAACGGUGUUGCGCAAACAAAAGCGUUCUCUUUUAGAGGAUCUCAGGUCAUUGACAGAGGAAAAGGAUGAAAAAGUUAUGGAGCUGCAAAGACUUUUGGCUGACUUAGAGUAUGAUAAUAAACUCAUCACCAAGAAAUGCACACAGUUUGCCAAGGAGCGUGUCAAUUUGGAAAAUAAUUUAAAACAAACAGAUUGUAAACUUUCUGGUACUCUACAGGAAAAAUUGAAUUUGCAAAAGUCAAUUGUGGAUCUAAAAGAACAAUUAGAGCUACAGAAAAAAAUACUUAAACUCAAGGAAAGCGAAAUUGAACAUAUACAACAGCACUAUACGAAUAAAAUACAAGAUGAACAAGAUCUAGAUCAAGUGCAUAAAUUAAGUAUUAAAUACCAGGAAGAAAUUAAUGCAAAAACCUUAGAAAUCAUUAAUUUAAAAGAAAGAUUUGAAGAAAUGCACGAUGAAAUGGAAGACAUGCAAAAACUCCAGCAACAAAAUGAACUGCAGCAAAGACAAAUUGAUCAGUUAAAUUUCAAACUUGAAGCUUAUCGUUUAGAGCUGCUAGAACUAAAGGCUUCAGAGGAUCAAAAGAACAAGCAAUUGGAUAAUCUAAAUGAGGCCAUGGAUCAACUAAUUAAAGAUAAAAAUGAGGCGUUUAAAACCACUGUAAAACAACAAAAUGAUUUGCUGAGAGUUAAACAGGCUUUAAAAUCUACCCAAGAGCAGUAUGAACAAGUACAAGAAUUAUAUAAAAAGACACAAUUUCAACUCGAAUUAUUAGAAAUAGAACAUGGAAAAGUUAAAUUUCAAAAUGAAAGAGAUUGUCAGGAAAUUGAACAUUUAAGAACGAAACUUAAAGAGUAUUUACAGCAGACCACGGAACUAAGCAAUAAAAUACAACUUUUGGAACUGGAAUUGUCAAGGGUAUUAAAGGAAAACUCACAACUUAAACAAGACACACAGCAAAUGAAAAAACACAUACAGGACUUGGAAGAAAAUGUUAAAAAAGCGAAGGAGCAAGAAAUUUUACUUACUGAGCUACAGCAAGUUCAGCAAGAAGAAAUAAGAAACCACCCUACUAGUUUUCCACAGCCCCAAGAAGCCGAUAAAACUACCCAGGAUCAAGAUUUCUUAGAACUUCAACAACAAUGUGAAAUGCUACAAGCAAAACUUGAUUUUAUCCAAGGCACUCCAACUCAUUCAGAAAAUCAUCAAAUCUUACAAACUCUAAAGGAUUUUAUGAAUAAAAUGGAACAAGUUCAAAAAGAAGAUAAGCAAAUUUCCACAAAUUCUUGCACAGCAAAAGAAAGUCUAGAAAAAGACACAGACUUCCAAAAAUUAUCUUUGCAAAGUAAUAAACUUCAAGAAAAUCUUGAUAAAUUAAAUGAUUUUCUGCAAGAGAAACAUCAACUACUUAACCAUCUCAAUAAAAUACAAGAUUCCAAUGAAGGCAUGGAAAAACUAGUCACAGAGAAUGAGAUACUUAAGAAAAAAUUAUGCGAAACUGAAACAGAAGCCUGCACACUAAAAAUUAAGCAAGAUAUUAAUGAAAGAACGCAAAAAUUUACACAAAUGCAGGAAAAUCUUGAGAACCACAAAGUAAAAGUGAAGACAAUGCAAGAAAAUCUAUUGGAAAACGAUGCAAAACUAUAUAAAAUGGAAAGACAGCUUAGGGAACUAAAUGAAAAAGAUGAAAAACUAGAAGAAUUACAACAAGAGAAUGAAAACCUUAAGAUACAAUUAAGGCAGGAGCUAGCUAGCAAGACUGAUUUAAAUGGAAAAUUAAAACAAGAAACAGAAAAAUUAUUAGAAUUAAAAAAUAAAUUAGAAGAGUUAAAAAUGAAACAGAGACUAACUAAAAAUCAAGCCAUACAAUGUGAUUUACAGGAAGAUAGCUCAGCAGCAAACUGUGAAGUUAAGGAACUUAAGGCCCAUGUAUUACAACUGCAACAAGAGCAAUGUUACUUCCUGCAACAAGAAGCUUGUAAAAAAGAACAACGUCUGGAACUUUUAAACAAAAUGCUGGCUUUGCAAAAUAACAAAAUGCAAAAUCUUCAAAAACAUCAGCAGGAUUGGCAGGAAAUGUUAGCUUCCCUUAACAAUGCCCAAUCGUUGGAGGAGCAAACACGCAAAGAGUUAGAAUUAAAACGCCUAGAAUUGGAAGAACUUAAUCAAGUAUUUGCCGAACAAAAUGAAGAGUUUAGAAAACUGGAAGAAUUCACCGGUUUAUUAGAAUUAAAAAGAAGACAAGAAAAAGAACACCUGAAACUAACAUUCCAACAGGAAAUCAAUGUGAUGAAGCAACAUCUGCAAGAUUGUCAGCAGGAAAUCGAACAGCAAAAACUUGAAAAUCAAAAACUAGAGAAACGAAACGAAAGAUUCCAACAAGACAUUAACGAAGACUAUGCUACAGAUGUGGCAGACUACAAAAAAGAAAUACGAGAAUUAAAAUCUAGAUUAAGUAGAAUAAUGGAGGAAAAGCAGGAACUAAAGCAACACCUCAGGCAGAUGGAACAACAAACAAAAGAUCUCAAGGAUAAUAAAAGGGAAGCCGUCUGUAUGCCAGACCUAAGUUUGGUCAAGGUAUCAGAUAUGGCUUUGGAAAAUUCUAUAGAAACUGUGGAGGUAUUAAGGCAAAACAUAAGUGAAGAUCAUUUACGGAUAUUGACCAAAGUAUUGGAAGCAGAAUAUCAACGUAAAAUGCAAAGAUAUGAUGAGCAUAUACAUUCUUUGCUUAGCAAUUUAAAAAGCCUUAAGAAGUCUUUGAAAGUGAAUGAGGAGAAAACCGCUUUGUUAAGUGAAGAGCAGCUUAAAACAAAAGAAGAACUUAGGGAAUUGCAAAAGACCAAAAGGAGUUUGGAGGACAUGCGUUUGAAAUAUGAACAAAGUCAAGAUAUCAUUAAAGAAUUAAAACAGUCUUUGGACUUUGAACGCAAAAAAUUUGAACUAUCUGACAUAGGAAAAUCUUCACAAACCGAAGGCACCACCACGUAUGAAGUCUCUAAUCUGAUAGAUGAUUACAAAAAGUUGAUACAACAAUCUGCUUUGGUCACCAAACGACCUUCUACUUCAGCCAUUCUGGAUUUAAUACAGCGUAGCAAUCAGUGUGUGCCAAAUUUCCAGAAACUUGAAACCAAUGUUGAUGGUUUGCGUUCUGAAUUGCAGAACUUUUUAAGCUCUUACAACCCCAAAAUGCCAGCCACUUCUCUAAUAGCUGCUGCUUCCCUAACUGUGCCUCCCUCACUAAUGGAUGAGCUAAGAGCAGCCUCGGAAGGAUUUUAGUGUUAAUUUAUAUUAUUAAUUUAAAAUGUUUGGACUUGCCUCCUCUAUUCCUUUAUCAAAAAAAUGAAACUGUUUUAGUCAAAAUAUUUAUUUUUUUAAUUAUUGUUUACUUUAUUUAAUUUGUAAUUUUUGUUACUGUUUUCGAUUAUGAUUUAUUUUUGUUUGUUUUCUAUCAAUGUUUAUUUUUGCACAAAUUUUUAGGAUUUAAUUUUAUAUUUAAAUUAUAUUUUUGCUAUUAUUUUAUUGUAUUUCGAAAAAAAAGAACAGUUACUGUCCCAAUAAAUAAGUUUAAAUGAA